AUGGAGAAGCCUCAUAAGCCACACCACAAGGCUUCAGCGGGUAAGAAGCUCGAGAAGAAAGAUGCGGCAAAGGGCGUGGAUCGAUCAGGAGGGCAGAGCUACAACCCAAAGGCUUUCAUUGGUGCCUCUUUCCGCUCCGCAGAUCGCGCUGCUCGUCGGACCGCCGAGAAGGACCAAAAGCGGCUCCACGUCCCGCUCGUCAAUCGGAAUCCGGAUGAGCGCAAGGUCACGGGCGAGAAGGGCAAGGGGAUGAAUGAGGGACGUGUCCCGCCUCCACCCAUCAUUGUCGGUCUCGUUGGUCCUCCAGGAGUCGGCAAGUCGACACUCCUCCGCUCCCUCGUCAAGCGGUUCACCAAGCAUUCGCUCAAUCAGCCUCUUGGACCGAUCACCGUCGUCUCUGGCAAGACCCGGCGUAUCACCUUUGUGGAGUGCGGAAACGACUUGAACAGCAUGAUUGAUCUGGGCAAGGUCGUGGAUCUGGAAACCUUUGAAUUCCUCAAUAUCCUUCAAUCGCACGGUUUCCCCAAAGUCCUCGGUCUCCUCACCCAUCUCGACCUCAUCAAAAAGCAGUCCACCCUCAAAGAUACCAAGAAGCGGCUCAAGCACCGUUUCUGGACGGAAAUCUACCAGGGCGCCAAGCUCUUCUCCCUCUCGGGCGUCAUCAAUGGCCGGUAUCCCGAUACCGAAAUCAAUCUCCUCUCACGCUUCAUCUCAGUCAUGAAGUUCCGUCCCCUCAUCUUCCGGAAUCAACACCCUUAUCUCAUCGCCGACCGUCUCCAGGAUCUCACCAGCCGAGAAGGGCUUCGAGCCAACCCAAAGAUGGACCGGACCAUUACGCUCUACGGGUAUCUCAGGGGUCCGAACCUGCCCGCGCGGAAUGCAAAGGUGCAUAUACCAGGAGCGGGGGAUCUGGAGGUGCGGACAGUGGAGAGGCUGGCGGAUCCGUGUCCUCUACCAACGCUCGAAAGCGAGCGGAGGCGGAAGAUGGGCGAAAAGGCAAAACUCAUACAUGCGCCAAUGUCGGAUGUGGGAGGUGUCAUGUAUGACAAGGAUGCGGUGUAUGUGAAUGUCCCGGGGAGCUUCUCGAGGGGUGGCGAUCAACCACAAGGCGAAGGCGAACAGAUGGUGCUCGACCUGCAGGACGCCACGCGGACAUUUGCGGACGGCAUCGACUCAUCCCAGAUUCGUCUCUUCGGCUCGUCAUCGGCACCUCUCGAGGCUCCUGCUGGUCGCCAGCGGAGACGGGCGGAACCUCGGAAUGGCGGACCAAUGCUCGGUGUCGCCACAGACGAGGAGUACGAUGACGAGGAGGACGGGGAGGAUAUCGAUGAGGAUGACUUUACGUCUGAUGGGGAGGGGAUGGCUAUCGGCGAUGAGGAGGAUGAGCAAGAUGGGGAGGUCGACUUUGCGGAUUCGGGGUCGGAGAACGAUCUCGAUCUUGCCACCGGGUUUGAGCAGGACGGGAAGCGGCUCGACCUGGACGACGACUACUCCGGGGACGAGGAGGACGAGGAGGAGGAAGUACCCAAGUGGAAGACUAGUCUCUCGGCUCGGGCCGCCACGGGCUUUACCGAACGCAUGACGCGCCGGUGGGACCUCAUGUCGCUCAUCUACAACUCGGAUUUGAGCCCCGAGGAGAUUGCCGCGGGUAAGACGGAGGCUUCGUCAGCGGGCGCCGAGUCGUCUCUGAUGGCGCGGGAUGGGUUCUACAAGGUGUCCCGGAGCGGUGCCGAGGGUGACGAUGGGGAUCAGUUGAAGGAGAGCGUGGAUGCCGAAGCGCUGAAGGCGAAAUGGUCGGAUGAGACUAUGCUGGAGUCGCUUCGGGGUCUGUUUAUCAGUGGUCCGGUCGGCGAGGUAGACCAGGAGGGACAGGCGUAUGAGGAUGAUGCGGGAGAUGCCGACUUUGAGGAUGUCGAGGGAGGAGAGGACGGCGAGGACGUCCCGUACGUCGGUGUCAAGCCGACCGAGGACCUCGCCAAGACGCGAGAUUCGGCGAUGGAGCGAAAAAAGGCGGCACUAGCGGCCAAAUUCGACGAAACCUACUCGGACUCGGACGACGAGGGCAAGAUGGACUUUUACGACGCCCAAAAGGCCGAAUUUGCCAAGCAGCGCCAGCUGAACGAGGCGGAGUUUGAGGGGUUGGAGAACGAGGCGCGGGCCCAGAUUGAGGGAUACCGAGCCGGCUCGUAUGUCCGGCUCGAGAUCGAGAAUGUGCCCUGCGAGAUGGUGGAGCACUUCAACCCCGCAUACCCCAUCAUCGUCGGCGGUCUCCUCGCGGCCGAAGAGCGGUUCGGGUACGUGACGGUCCGUAUCAAGCGACAUCGUUGGUUCACCCGAACCCUCAAAACCAACGAUCCCAUCAUCUUCUCCCUCGGCUGGCGUCGAUUCCAGUCUAUGCCUAUCUACCACCUCGACGACCACUCUAUCCGGAACCGAUUCCUCAAAUACACGCCGGAGCACAUGCACUGCUACGCUACCUUCUUCGGACCCGUCUCGGCCCCCAAUACCGCCUUUUGCGCUUUCAACUCCCUCUCGGCCGGCACACCCGGAUUCCGCAUUUCAGCCACCGGCGUCGUACUCGAUAUCGACCGGACCACCAAGAUUGUCAAGAAGCUCAAAUUGACCGGUGUACCGUAUAAGAUCUUCAAGAAUACGGCCUUUGUCAAGGAUAUGUUUGGGUCGCAGUUGGAGGUGGCCAAGUUUGAGGGGGCGAAUAUCAAGACGGUCUCGGGUAUUAGGGGUCAGGUGAAGCGGGCGCUGAGCAAGCCGGAAGGGUCGUACAGAGCUACGUUUGAGGAUAAGAUCUUGAUGUCUGAUAUUGUCUUCCUGCGAGCUUGGUACUCUAUCGAACCGAAGAAGCUGUACAACCCAGUCACGUCGCUCCUCCUUGCGGACAAGGGCGAAUGGAAGGGGAUGCGCUUGACGGGUCAGAUCAGGCGAGACGAGGGUGUCGCGACGCCCUUGGACCCCAACUCGGCAUACAAGAAAGUAGAACGGACGACCCGUCGCUUCAACACUCUCAAAGUACCCCGAAAACUCGAGGCCUCACUCCCCUUUGCGUCCAAAACCAAAUCCGUCGCGAAACAGACCAAACCGACGUACCUCCAAUCCCGCGCGGUCAUUAUGGACGAUAAUGAAAAGAAGGCGGUGGCGCUCCUGCAGCAGAUGCAGUCGCUGCGGAAGGAUAAGGUGGCGAGGCGGAAAGAGAAGCAGGAGGAGCGGAAAGAGGGGCAUAGGAAGGAGAGUAAGAAUAGGGAUGAGGGGAGGGAGAGGAAAGUCAAGGAGGAGAGGAGGAAUACGUUGAGGAAGGAAGGGCAGAAGAGGAAGUUUGCGGAGGAGCAGGGAGGGCAGAGGAGGGGUGGGGCCAAGAAGCAGAAGGCUGAUUAG